AUGAGGCUGUUAUACAAAAGUGGUCCAAUGGAGUCUCUCAGAAAAUGGUUCUACAAACCAAAGAGGGACGACCGUUCACUGCUUGCCCAGUUUUUCUUUGCUGAUGACGCUCUAAAUAUGAUCGCUGCCGAGUUGGACAGUUUUGACGGUCGAAAGGAUCCAGAGAGAUGUUCUACGCUCGUGAAUCAAUUACGGCACGCUCAGGAUAGAGUGCUCAACAUAACCAGCCAGAUAAUGGAUCAAGUAUUGGGCGACGAGAGAGUAGCGAGAGGUUUCCGCGUCAAGUUCCCUGAAGACGUCCUUCAGGACAACUUGGCUGGACAAUUAUGGUUUGGUGCAGAGUGCUUAGCAGCCGGAUCAUCAAUAAUGAGUCGAGAAGAGGAAUCAGCGGCAAUGCGACCGCUGGCCAAAGCUUUGACACGUAGCUUAGAAACUGUUCGCUCUCUGUUAAGGGAACAAUGCCUUCGUCCCAGAGGACUCGCUUUGCAAGAUCAUGAUGAUAUGUUGCAUGAGAGUCUGAGGAUAUUUGAUAGACUUUUCGCAGAAUUUGAGCUUUGCUACGUGAGUGCAAUGGUCAAUGUGAAGACGCCACACGAAUUCGAGGCUCAGCAACUGAUAUGCGUUUUGUUCUCGGAGAGUUUGCGGAGAGCUUUGAAACUGAACCUUUUGACGCAAGAACAAGUGGAUUCGUAUGAUCCGGCGCUAAUGUUCGCAGUGCCUCGCUUAGCUAUAGUCAGUGGUCUGCUCAUAUACUCGAAUGGUCCAUUGAGUAUAGACAAAGUACCAGAUGAAAUGUCAGACAUGUUCCGUCCGUUCCGCCAUUUGUUACACAAAAUCAAGUCGCUGCUGUGGACGCUGGACCGGCGGGAACUGAUGGCGCUUGAGAAGUUAUUGUGUUCAAAUGAAGAUAUUAAUAUGGCUAAUUUUGAAAUUCCACCUGCAGAAGACUCAACAGAAGAUUCAUGUUAUCCAGACAUUAAUGAAUUUGUAUCGAAGUUUUAUGAGGACCAUGCGCAAUGUAGAAAUUUAUAUUCGCAGCAAAGUUCUAGUGAACCAACGAUAACUGACGCGGACUAUCUACCCGGAAAUAUUGAAGUUAUGACUCCCAUCAUAGACGGACUUAAACGUCUCACAGGAGACGACGAAUCUGAGAGAGAGUCCGAAGAUAUCGACAAACACACAGACAGACACUCAACCGACACAACCAGUACUGACACAUUCCAAACAAACGAAAGCAAUAUAGAGAGGACUAGGAAAAUAAGUAAGAACGAAAACGAUAUGUCAUCGUUAAGAAAUCUAUCAACAAACGGACUAAUGAUGUUUGAUCCGCUAGUAAUAAAUGCGGUAUCAGCAUCGACUUCGGGUGAAACAUUGAAUAGACAAAUACCAGACCAAGAACUCGUCACAUCACUAAACGAACAAGUAACAGAAAUAGCUGAUCGAUUGUCCUCAAUAGUUAGUGAUGUGGACAUAAUCGAUCAAACUCAUUCGUACUCGACUAACGAUGUACCUAAUCUCAUAUCUAAUGAAUCGCAAGAUUAUAACUUUUCUGGACCAAGAAAUGAACAACUGAGUUGUAUGCCGUCAACAAGUCAUGGAUAUUUAAUACCAAAUGCCAUUAGUCAAGAGCCGGUUGUGUUAGCGUCACUUUCACACAAUAAUUCUGCUGUUUUCAAUCAGGAGGAGGAGAAUAAUUUUAAUCGAGUCAUAAUGAGUUCCGAUACACCACUAAUAAUGCCUAGCAUCGAUGCUGAAAUCGUGAAUAUCGAUAUGGCCAUCGCUAAUGUUAGCUUAAGUGUUAUAUUACUAGAUGAAGAAUACAACCAAGAAUAUAAACAGAGUUUUAAAAAUGGUACAGACGAUGAGUCGCCAUUUUGUGAUGAUCCCGAGAAAAUGGCGAUGGAUAAAGAUGAAAGGGUCAAAUUUAUGCUUGGAUAUGAGAGUGAUAACGAGUCACCGGUCGAUUCAGGUGUUAGUACAGAAAAUACAAGUCUAGACAGAUCUCCGGAUACCGACCAAAAUAAAGAAAACCACUUCAUGCAACAGAAUAGAGUCUUAAAAAGUCCGGCAGAAGAAAAAAUAGACGAAAAAGACACUAACACCCUAGAACGUUCCUUUUCUGAAGUGACAGAUGAGAUUGUUAAUAUUAAAUAUGUAGAAGAUGACACACAGAAGAAUGAAGCGGGGUCAUCUCAUAUAGAAAACGUGAGACUGAGUAGGGAAGAGUUAAACGAAGCCUCCAGCCUACAGCAUUGGGGUGCGAAUGACCCACAGGAAGAAUUUAGGACCAUAGAUGUGUUAACAGAGUUAAGAAGAUAUAGAGAUUCUGACAAGAAAAUAAGUUCGCUAGUGAAAGAUAUGUCCAAUGAAGUGCCCAAUUGUAGUCAAAAUACGAGGCGGAAAAGUAGAAAGUCGAGUGCAAAGAGUAAAAAGAGGAAGAAAAUGUGGUCUCCGGGAAAUGUGAUAUUAGAUAACCGGUCAACUCAGAGCCAGAAUAGCCCGUUGAGAUUGAAUUUUGACCAUUUUGUUGAUGAAAGUAGCAGUGCAUGCGGGAAUGCAGAGUGUGCAGACGACGAGCAGAUCGCGUUAGCGCUGCAGGCGCAGGAGCUGGCCGCGAGGCAGCAGGCGCGGGGCAAGUUCAAAUCAAGCGAAGAUCUCAUCCACCGUUUGUUUGUCUGUAUCGCGGGUGUCGCGGACCAACUACAAACUAAUUUUGCAGCCGAUCUCAGAAACAUAUUAAAAGCUGUAUUCCUACUCAACCAGACCAUUGAAUUGCCUGAAGAGACGAAACCAGAAGAAAACACUAUAGAAUAUCAACCCACUGAAGACCAGGUCAUACAAAAUGGUAGCUCAUUCGACAGUGUGUACUCCGCCGAAGAGGUGUACGCGGACAGCAACUCUGAGAGCGCGGAGCCUCCCGCCCGCCGCCGCUCAGAUACUGGCAAUUUGCAAGCUUCGCACUCCACUGGUGAUCUUAGUUAUAGGGAACGCGACACAAUGAGAUCGCGCGAGGACCCACCACAAACACCUCGCACGACCACUGUGGGCGUGGACACAGGCGUGGGUGUGGACACGGGCGUGGGCGUGGGGGCGGGCGUGGUAGAGCGUGCCCCCGAGUGGGUGCCGGACAUUGCGGCGCCGUCCUGCAUGCGCUGUGACGCGCACUUCACAGCCUUCCGACGCAGGCAUCACUGUCGUAAUUGUGGCAAAGUAUUUUGCGCAUCGUGCAGUUCGAACUCCAUACCCUUGCCCAGAUACGGACAACUGAAGCCUGUCCGAGUGUGCGAAGAGUGUUUCCAGUCUACAGCGCGUGCGUGUCGAAGGCAGCAUCGG